UAUUUCAAGUUUGUAUUACACAAUUCAAAAUAUUUAUAUAAACAUAUACUAAGUUUACAACAAUUAUUUUUAAAUACAAAAUAUUACGGUUAAAAAAUGGUCACAACUAUACACGUAGUGAUCAUAUCGCACGACGGUGUCGGUCAUGUAAACGCGUGUCUGGCAGUAGCCGAACGGCUUAUUCAAGUGGGACAUAGGGUGUCGUUUGUAGUGAACGAACAAUGGAAAGGUCGUCUCGAGCCGUACGGUGUACGGGAAGUGCUGGUCAAUGAUCCGCAACGAAACAGUAAUGUCGAUCCGGCCCGUGAUUUGGCUGAAAAAAUAGUGAAAAUGGAUUUGUUUGAACCAAAUCAACCAUUGGUUCAGGCAAUGGAAAUUUUCGAGAAGUUUGCACCGCAACAAAUGGAAACAGCACAACGUUUGGACAUACAAUUGGUACAGUUACUGCCCGAACUCAAACCAGACAUCAUAUUCAUUGAUUAUGCCGUUUGUUUUCCAGCGGUGGUCAACUAUGGCUGUCCAUGGAUUAAUGUGGUCAGUAUGAAUCCACUCUAUUAUAUCGACGAUGAUAGAGCACCGCCUAGUUUUUCAGGUUUAUCAGAAAUGGGAGACAAAACAGAGUGGAAACAGUUUAGAGAUGCUGUCAGUGAUGUUAAACGGAAAUCAUUGAAACUUUAUAAUAAUUAUUUUAAACAAAAAGGUAUUACCGAUUACACCGACGAUAGUCUAGUUUAUAAUUCAAAAUAUUUGAACAUUUAUGGCUUUCCUGAGGAACUGGAUUAUCUGGAAUUGAGACCAUUGCCACCUAAAUGGCAUCGAUUUGAUAAUUUGAUGAGACGUGAGAAACAUAUCGCGGCAUUUGAAUUGUCAGACAAACUGAAGGAAAAACCGGGAAAAUUAAUUUACUUUUCAUUGGGAUCUAUGGGUGCGGCAAAUGUGAAAAAUAUGAACCGUUUGAUUGAUAUACUAUCAAAAUCUAAUAACCGAUUCAUUGUGUCAAUGGGUCCGAUGCCCGAAGCUAUACAUUUAGCCGAAAAUAUGUGGGGACAAUCAAAUGUUCAACAAAUACAAGUAUUACCGUUAGUCGAUUUGGUUAUAACUCACGGCGGAAACAAUACUACUACCGAAACCUUUUAUUUUGGUAAACCAAUGAUUGUGUUACCACUUGGUGGAGAUCAGUUGGAUAAUGCACAGAGAGUACAGGAUCUUGGUUUAGGUGUAAGACUAGAUGCCUAUAAAUGUACAAAUAGGGAGUUAUUGACGGCAAUCGACACACUAUUGAAUGACAACAUAUUGACCGAUAGAUUGAAACAAAUAUCACUGAGAAUUCAAUCGGACGAUAUGAUUGAAAAAACACUGCAAUAA